UAAAAUACUCGGUGUACGGCACAAACUAAGACACAGCCGUAUUAUAUUAUUAGUUCGCGGCGCACAGUCAGGACGGUAGACGGAUUUCCGAUCUAAAGGUUACGUUGUUCGUGCUUAAUUAGAUGCGACCGACAAGUGACAAAAUGUGUGCUGUGCGUUGAAAGUGCGCUCAUAUGGUAGUCGCUACUAUUCCUUUCGCCAGUCUCGUGUUUCGGAUUUUUCAACUUUCAACUAGCCGACCUCUACAUCACAACUCAACGCACGUUUGCGCACCGGCUACUACUGGUGCUCGUGAUUAAAUUUAAACGCCGUUUUAUUUUCGCGGUCCGCGUAGUUGUGCGAUGAUCACCGUCUUCGAGACUUAGCCGUGUAGCUUUUAAUGAAAACGUUGUACAUCGCAAUAGGUUGAUUACAGUGAAAACACUCGGAGCUGUCGUCGCCCACGUCGGCCAUUUGACAGCGAAAAUUAUAAAAACAUUGCGCGUGUUGUUUUAUUAAUAACCAGGAGAUGUCCAGUUACUUACGCCAUAAUUCCAGGGUUAAAAAUUUCUCCAACAAAAUGGUCGAUUACAGUGAAGCCAGCCACAACAACACAUCAGGCGAUGGUAUAGUAAAAUUCUCUGACAAAGGUUGUAUGACUCAAGAACAGUUGUUAGACCAUAAGUACGAGCCAUGUGGUAAAAAUGUCAAGCCAAAAAUGGACUUGUCAAAGAGAUUGAGUGAAAUAAAACUGGACAAAGAAAAAUCUCCUAUUGCUAAACUCAAUGAAAUUAUGUUGUUAAAAAAACAAUCAGUAGAAUACAAGUUAGUUUCUAUACUAGGCCAUAUACAUGAUCCAAUUUUUAGAUUUGCUGCCAAAAAUGAUGAAAUAUCUGCUUAUGGAGAGGGUCCCUCAAAAAAAGAAGCAAAGAGAAAUGCAGCGAUUGCAUUUUUGGAUAAAUUGGAUAACAAUGAUGGAAACAACACCAUAACAUCUACCACUUCAAGUAUUUCACCUGACAAACAUAGCUCAUCAAACGAUGUGAAAAUUGUAGAUGAAUUAUCAAAAACAAACCCUAUUGGUAUGCUGCAGGAAUUGUGCAUGGCUCGUCAUUGGGAGUUACCUACUUAUGAAUUUCUCCGUGAAGAACACAAUGAAACACAUAGAACUUGUUAUUCUGUAAUAUGUUCCCUUAGGGAUUUAAAAUCUAUUGGCGAAGGAAAAACCAAGCAAGCAGCUAAAAGAAAAGCCGCUCAAAUUAUGUAUGACCAAAUAAAAAAUAUUUCUCAACAGAAGAUUUCUAUGGGUAAGAACUCUGAAUAUCCAUUUCCUACUCAUUCUAUGCUGAGAGACACUGUGAAAAGUGAGGAAAUAGAUUACUUAAAUGUUCAACAGUCCUUAGAGUUAUUCUUUAACCGUUUAAAAUCAUCUCAAAAGCAAUGUUUAAGCAGAUUAAGGAAUACACAAUCCACAAUUGAAUUAAAAAAUAAUGCCAUUGAAUUUUUAUAUGAAAUUGGAAAUGAAGAGAAUUUUAACAUCACAUACAUAUUGAUGAAAAAGGAUCUAAAUGAUAUUGGAAUGUUGAUGCAAUUAGCUGUCACUCCUCUUUUGUUGUUUGUGGGUACAGGCAAAACCAUGCAAGAAGCUAAAGAAAUGGCUGCUUAUGUUGCUCUAUCAUACAUAAAACUUUUGUUAGAGAAGUAGAACAAUAACAAUUUAACUUGCAUAUUGUUCGUGCUUGCCUAAAAAAUCUGUUAAACUUUAAUGAUAUAAGUACAGUUUUUGUAAUUUUCUACAUAAUAUGGUCUCUAGAUUCCUGCACCUCAAAUUAAGAAGGAUCUAUAAUAUUUCUUUUUUGUGUGAUUAAAUUUUGUAAUGAUCAUUUAACACUAAUAUUUUGUUUGCAUAUAUUGUUCCUUUCUCAUUUUAAUUUAAAUAUUUAAA